CCAAAACAAGGAAGCAGUAAGAGCUACCCUCUCUGUUUCUCUCUCUUUCUCUUUCUCUUUCUUUUCUUGGAAAGGAAAAAGUCAAAGCUCACUACUAUUUCACAACACACAAAUUAAUUAGCCCACAAACCAGACCUCUUUCUCUAUCAGAGUGUUGGUGUGGGAGACUCUCUCUCUCUCUCUCUCGGCAUUGAAAUGGGAUCGGUGGAUGAGUUCUUGAAGGAGUGUUCGCAGUCCGGAGACGCUGCCUACGGAGCCUUCAGAUCGGUCUUGGAGCGUCUCGAGGAUCCGAAUACCCGUGUCCAAGCUCGGAUCUUCCUCUCCGAUCUCCAGAAACGCUUUCCUUCCAAUGACGAUUCUCUUCAAUGCUUCCACACUUACCAUUUCCGCAUCGAGGACAUCUACCUCGACCAAUUCCAAGGCUAUCGGGGAAGAAAGAAAUUGACAACAAUGGUGAUCCCCAGCAUUUUUGUUCCAGAAGACUGGUCCUUCACUUUCUAUGAAGGACUGAAUCGACACCCAGAUUCUAUCUUCAAGGACAAGACAGUUGCUGAACUUGGUUGUGGAAAUGGAUGGAUAUCCAUUGCCAUUGCUGAGAAGUGGUUGCCAUCAAAGGUGUAUGGCCUUGAUAUCAAUCCUCGAGCAGUAAAGGUUUCUGGGAUAAACUUAUACUUGAAUGCUUUGGAUGAGAAAGGUCAACCCGUUUAUGAUGAAGAGAAGAAAACAUUGCUGGACAGGGUGGAGUUUCAUGAAUCUGAUCUACUCUCUUAUUGUAAAGAUAAUGGCAUUCAACUUGAACGAAUUGUUGGAUGCAUACCUCAGAUUCUUAACCCAAAUCCUGAUGCAAUGUCUAAAAUGAUUACUGAAAAUGCGAGUGAGGAAUUUCUGUAUUCAUUGAGUAACUACUGUGCACUUCAGGGUUUUGUUGAGGACCAGUUUGGAUUAGGUCUAAUUGCAAGGGCAGUUGAGGAAGGAAUAUCUGUCAUUAAACCUUUGGGGAUUUUAAUCUUCAAUAUGGGAGGCCGUCCAGGACAAGCUGUUUGUAAACGCUUGUUUGAGCGUCGUGGUUUCUGUGUUAACAAGAUUUGGCAGACUAAAGUUAUUCAGGCUGCUGAUACAGAUAUUUCAGCCUUGGUUGAAAUUGAGAAGAACAGUCCACACCGUUUUGAGUUCUUCAUGGGGCUUUCUGGAGAUCAGCCUAUUUGUGCUCGAACAGCAUGGGCCUAUGGGAAGGCUGGGGGCAGUAUUUCUCAUGCUUUAUCAGUUUACAGUUGCCAGCUUCGUCAACCAAAUCAGGUCAAGACAAUUUUUGAGUUCCUUAAAAAUGGCUUCCACGAUAUCAGCAGUUCUUUAGACUUAUCUUUUGAAGAUGAUUCUGUUGCUGAUGAGAAGAUUCCAUUCCUAGCUUAUCUUGCCAGGAUCUUGAAAGAGAAUUCCUUUUUCCCAUACGAGCCACCAGCUGGAAGCAAACUAUUUCGUAAUCUCAUUGCAGGCUUUAUAAAAACAUAUCACCAUGUUCCACUGAAUGCUGAUAACAUUGUUGUCUUCCCUUCAAGGGCAGUGGCAAUUGAGAAUGCUCUUAGGUUGUUCUCACCCCGUCUUGCAGUUGUUGAUGAACAUCUGACCCGGCAUCUACCUAGGCCAUGGCUAACAUCUUUGGUAAUUGAGAAUACAGGAAGUGAUAACCCUUCACAGGAUAUACUUACAGUCAUUGAAGCACCACGUCAAUCAGAUUUGAUGAUAGAGGUGAUUAAGAAGUUAAAACCACAGGUGGUGGUCACUGGGAUAGCUCAUUUUGAGGCCGUUACCAGUUCAGCAUUUGAGCACCUUUUAAGUAUUACGAGAGAAAUUGGAUGUCGUCUUUUCUUAGACAUAUCUGAUAAUUUUGAGCUAUCCAGCCUCCCAGGUUCCAGUGGUGUCCUCAAAUAUCUUGCAAGAACUCGUCUACCCUCACAUGCAGCAAUUAUCUGUGGCCUAGUAAAAAAUCAGGUUUAUUCAGAUCUGGAAGUAGCUUUCAUCAUUUCGGAAGAAGAGGCCAUCUUCAAGGCAUUGUCCAAGACUGUAGAACUACUAGAGGGGAUCACUGCACCAAUUAAUCAAUAUUAUUACGGUUGUCUUUUCCACGAGCUUCUAUCUUUUCAACUUGCUGACCGACGUCCAUCUGUUGAGAGGGAAAGUAAAAAAUGCGACUCGGUCGAGAUGAUUGGAUUUGCCAGUUCAGCUAUCUCAGUCUUAAAUAACUCAGAGUUGUCAAUCAAUGAGGCAGAGGACACGGCCCUGAUUCACAUGGAUGUCGAUCAAAGCUUUUUGCCCAUACCAUCUGCUGUAAAGGCUGCGAUCUUCGAAAGUUUUGCAAGACAAAACAUGGCUGAUUCAGAAAUAGAUGUCACCUCUAGCAUCAAACAUUUUAUCAAGAGAAAUUAUGGGUUUCCAACUGAUAGCAGCACAGAAUUUGUAUUUGCUGACAGCUCACUAGCUCUGUUUAAUAAGGUGGUCCUCUGCUGUAUUCAAGAAGGUGGAACUUUAUGCUUCCCAGCAGGCUCGAAUGGAAACUAUGUUUCUGCUGCCAAAUUUUUAAAAGCAAACAUUGUAAAUAUACCUACUAAAUGUGAAGAUGGAUUUAAGCUGACAGAGAAGAUACUUUCUGAAGUACUUGAUACUGUAAAUAAGCCAUGGGUAUACAUUUCUGGUCCAACAGUCAACCCAACUGGCUUGCUUUAUAACGACAAAGAGAUAGGAAAUGUUUUAUCUACUUGUGCUAAAUUCGGGGCAAGAGUUGUAAUUGAUACUUCAUUUUCGGGUUUGGAAUUUGACUCUGAAAGUUGGGGUGGCUGGGAUUUGGAUGGAAGCUUGUCAAAGCUUACUUCUUCUGCAAAUCCCUCUUUUGGUGUCUCUCUGCUUGGAGGACUGUCUCUUAAGAUGCUGACUGGAGCACUCAAAUUUGGGUUCCUUGUUCUAAACCAAACUCUCUUGGUUGAUGCAUUUCAUAAUUUCCCUGGAUUAAGCAAACCUCAUAGUACGGUUAAAUAUGCUAUAAAGAAACUGUUGGGUUUGGGAGAGCGGAAAUCAGGAGACGUAUUGGAUGGUGUUGCUGAACAGAUAAGGAAUUUGAGAAGUAGAUCUAAACGAUUAAAAGAGACACUUGAAAACUGUGGGUGGGAUGUUCUUGAAUCCUGCGCUGGUGUUUCCAUGGUGGCCAAGCCCUCUGCCUAUCUCAACAAGAUUGCUAAGCUCAAGAAUUUGCCUAAAGACGGAGGAAGCACAGAAAAUGAUGCAACUUAUGAAGUCAAGCUUGAUGACAUAAAUAUCAGGGAAGCCAUCUUCAAAGCCACUGGUUUAUGCAUCAACAGCAGCUCAUGGACUGGGAUUCCUGGCUAUUGCAGGUUCACAAUUGCUUUAGAAGAAAGCGAAUUUGAACGGGCAUUGGAUUGCAUUAUCAAAUUCAAAGAAUCAGUGCCUAAAUCACUUUGAUAGUCUCCAAGUUAAUUGUUUUCACAAAUUAAGCAUCAUAAAAUAAACCAAUCUUGUUGUCAGUUCCAAUUCCACAGAACUUAAGUUGAGCUUUCUUUCCUCAAGCCAGCUCCAAUUGGGUUUAUUGUAAGUGCUGCAGAGCUCAGGUCAAGCAUUAUUUCGUUGACUUGGCUUCAACUAAAUUUUUCUGUCUAUAUGAAAAUUAUACCAGUCAAUCUUGUUCUUAUUUGAUUGACUGAUGUGGCUUUAUAAUACCAAUCUUCUCAGUUUCCCUGCAA